AGUCCGGUGAGAGAGAGCAAGUUAUGUUGAUAGAAGCUGCGGGCUUGCAUUUUUCUACUGUAUGUUCUACUGAAGAAAAAAGUCGCCUACAUCUUGGAUGGGCUGAAGGUUCAGGCAUGAUGAAAGGCAUUAUUCCCAAGAACAAAACCAAAGGUACUGAUUUCUGCGGAGUGAAAGACUACUAUUACAUAAUCCGGUCUGAUCUCGGCUGCUAUAUGCAGUCAAGUAAUUUCAAUAAAGGUACAGAUCUCACUAUUUUCAGUCUGCACCCUACCUGCCAAAAUGGAGACCAUUACCUUGGUCAUCAGGAUGGCUACUUCUACAUCAUCAAGGGCCAUUCUUAUCGCAGGGUCACCGAUCUGUCGACAGACGGUGGUGCUGUAGUUUACAGCCUUCAUCCCAACUGCCAGGGUGGAGACCACUACCUCUCAGCCUUUGGCAAGUUUUACAUCAUCUUCCAAGGUAAGGGCACUUACCGAAGAACGACAAACAUGAAUCAAGACUCGGAUGCUGUAGAAUAUGACCUGCAUCCCAACUGCAGAGAUGGUCUCUAUUACUGGGGCCUGCCAAACCACUACUACUUCCUCAAGCCGGUCUCAGAGUGGGGAGUUGAGUACUACAAAGCUACCAACUUCAACAAAGACGAGUGUGUCGGUGUCUAUUCUGUUCAUCCCGAUGUUGUUAACUUCCUGCCUGGUGGCCUUUCAGUAACUAAAGGCCCAGCAUUUGGCAUUUGGGAGAAUAUUAAAACAAUAACUAAUGACAGCAAUACACCAGUGACAUGGCAAAAGAGAGUUAAUAAAAAGGUUGGCUACAAUAAGGAGAAGAUGUCCCAGAUCACGCACAACUGGAAUAUAGCCACAUCAGCCUCAAUUGAAUCUGGAGCCCUUUCAGGGUUAAUUGCGAAGUGGCAGUUCUCCUUUUCUGCAGAAUAUGGAGGUUCACAUGUCAGCACUGAAACCGAAAGCUGGAAUGAAGCGACUGAAGUGGAAGAACAACUCUCAUUUGAGCUGAAGCCGAAUGAAAGUUUAUAUCUGUGGCAGUACAAACUGGGUCUUGGACAAGAACCAGUGUUGUUCUGCCGUGAUUUGAAGAUUGACGAUGAGCCUAACCCUCCGGCUGAAAUCCCACUGCCACCUGCACAAACAUGAACGAUUAUCAGCACAAUUAUACUACAAGAAUAAAGAAAAGUGCUUUAGUUAAAUACCUUUAUUCUAACUUUUCAAGCAAUUACUUAGAUAUCUGCAAGCAUUGCUUUAAAUUCAGGCAGAGAUUAGGCUGAAUAAAGUAAAUAUCUAUAAAUCAGCUCUUAAUGGUUAAUUCCUAUAAUAUAGUCAUCAGAAUUUGGUUUUACUUGGAAACAAAUAGGUGUGAGGUUGCUGAAGUGUUUGAUUCACAAGUCAAAAAUCAUUGCAUUCUGUACUCAUCAUUGUGUGCAUAGUGUACAUGUAAUAUUUCCAUUUUGUUUAUUUUUCACAUAUUUCAACUUAUAACAUGCCAUUUGCAUUUUGCUUUCAAUAUGUAAAAUAAAGUUGGCAUAGU